GUAAAAGUAAUUAAAGUUAAAGCGACUAGAGUAACCUUUGACGUAAUAAUUAAAACUAUGAAGAAACUAUUUACAUUAUGUUCAAUAUGGAUCUUAUUUACGGCAAAAGUCGAUCUGCUUUCGAUUCCCUUUGUGUCUGACAUCCAAGACAUGGUUGGUCUGAUCACCGAUAUAUCUGACAUUGCGACGGGCCGGCAUGAUUUGACUGCAGGAAAUCUAUUUAAGAAGAAAAUUGACCCCACUUUGGUUGCAGUUAAUCAACUAUCCGAACAGAUAAGCGAGCUGACCCAGAUGAUUAAUUUGAAGAUAGACAAAAUAAUGACUGCGGUGCUGGAAGAUGUUCCCAGGCCGAUUCAGUUAGCGAAUUUCACGAGGAAACUCAUCGACUUAACCUCCAGAGUUGACGAAUUGUAUGAAGACUACUUAUUUUACGUGAAAAAAGCCAGUAACAUCACUUAUUAUACUGUCGAGGAGUUCAGUAAGGUUGUUACGUCUCACAAAUUUGGAGAUAUUCCCGAUCUUCUGAGGCAAACUUACCAUUUAUUCAUUCCGGGUGCAGUAGAUCAUAAAGAUCAGAGUAUUCUUGAAGUUAUGGUAUCCAGUUUGCAGAGCGUAGAAGAAGCGGACCUGUGUAACCAAUUGAAGACAGGUCAGCAACAUCUUUAUGAUCUUUAUGAAACAGCUAUUAUAACAGAAAUAAAAGGUUAUACCAUGUCAUGUUACGCUUUUGGUAUGCUAGCUAUAUAUCAUAAUGUGUCUUUUGCAACGGAAAUAGAGAGAGCUACUUAUCAGACCUUAACUAGAUGCAGCCAAUACUUAUCGUCUGUAUACAGUGCUCUCGAGACGCUUGGAAGAGAGAUAUUCUUGUGUGAUCCACCAGAACAUAUAAGAAGAGAGACCCAUGUCGAAUUAAAUUCCAUUAGACGAAUCUUAACUCAUGAAUAUGUGAUGAUCGACAACUGUAAAUCUCCUUGUAGUUAUAUAAGUCAAACUGCUUAUCGAACAACAUUUCGCCGUAAAACAAGCUCAAAAGAAUAUUAUUGGAAACCAAGUCAACCUUGUCGUGGACUAAUGCACAAUUGUGAUAGUCUCAGCAGCAUUUCCUUCUGUGAAAUGGUAAAUUAAUAUUUUUACUAACUU